AUGCUGGACUUCCAGGGCGAUUUUCAGGAAGUAGCAAAGCUAGUGGAAACACUUUAUUCGUCCAAUGACCCCAAUGCAGUGUUUGCGUACCAAAAGGAACUUCAAGCCAUCCAAAAAUCUCCUCAAGGUUUUGCGGUGGCCUCGUACUUGCUAGAACAGCAAUCGAGGAAUUGUAAGUAUUUUGGCGCUUUAACCUAUGCCGUGGUGAUCCAGAACUCUGAUCUCAACAAUGAGACCUUACAAGCUUUAACAGGGAGUAUUCAGGGCCACAUUGGCCAAUUGUUGAAUGACUCGCCACAAAUAUCGUCUCAUUUAUUCAUUUUGAAGAAGCUUAUGUCUGAUUUGUCGAUGUUGUACAUAAAGAAUCCAUCAUUUGCCAAUCCUAUUUGGGUAUUUCUCAAAGCCAUGGGAAACGACCAAGGGUCCGACAUCCUGACAUUCACGGCGUCAGUCUCGAGGUUGAACUCUGUACAAUUAGGACUCCUCCUAAUGUAUUUUUCCAUCUUGGUGGAAGAUGUUUUGAAGCUUAACGACCAUGCUUCAGCCAUCAACUCUGCUGUGAAAAAAGACGUUUUCCCCCUCCUAGAGGUGACAUUCGAGUACUUGAUGUACUUGAAAGAGAACAAGCAGCUUCUGGAUGACAUGGAUAUCCAAUCGCUUGAAACAUUGAAUUCGUGGAUGUCAUAUAUUCCUAAUAAUAAUGGCGAUGCCCGGUAUGACUCCAAGGAAAUCGCACUCAUAAUCAAAUUCCUUCUACAACAUUUCCAACAGCCUGUGGAUGGCAACAAUGAACAAAAGAUGGCCUCCUUCAAGCUUGUGCUACAGAUUUUCAACGAAAUCCUUGAAGUGAACUCUCCAUUGCUAAGUAUGGAACAGAAACUGUCACUUUACUCUAUAUUGUUUACUCUGGGUGAGUGGGGAGACCAGUUUAUGAAUCAAAUUAUUUUCAGCGAGAGACGAGAAGAAUUUACCGAGGAAGUAACUGCUUUUGUGGAUUUGGUUCUCACCGUCUUGCAAUUGAAUGCAAUCAGGCUCUCUAAAUCGAUCUUGGAUGCUUCCACUCAGAACAUUCUAUCAAUCGCUCUAAGGUUGACAUCGAUUGAUGGCACUCCAAAUUCGGAAGAAUUUAUUAGUGAACGAAUGUUGGAGUUCUGGGAAGAGUUGGCUAACGUCUACCAGGAAUCAAACGACAUGUUCGAUAUUUUAUUCCAAGAAGCACAAGACCCACUAUUCAGAGAUAAUUUUGAACUGGAGAAGAAAACUAUUUUUAAUGAGGUGGCAAAAGUUUACUGGAGAAAAAUCCACUUACCAAAUCUAUCAAUCUAUAAGGAUAUUCGAAGCGAAUUCAUUGGUUACCGAAUUGCCGUUGCGGAAUUCUUCAUAGGGGUAUAUGCUCUUCUUAAAUCUGACUUUUACGAAAUGAUGUGCGAGUCACUCAUUGAGUAUAUUGGCAAGUUUUCAGAGAACCCCGUGUUGAUAGCUGACAUAGAAGCAACGUUGUACCUCCUUUACAAGAUUAACGAUGAUACAGUGUACUUUGAGUCACAGGAACGAUUGAUCACACCUUUUUCGCAGAAGAUCUUUGCAAGCAACCUUUUGGGAACUUUCAAAAACACUUCCAUCUCUGAUGAUAAGGGUCACUUGUUCAAUUCUACUCUAAUUCUGUACAUUGCUUCUAAUGAGUUUUACUUCAAAACUAGCGAGGGUAACGUAUACCUCGGACAAGUCUUCGACAUGCUAUUUCCAAUUAUCAUGGCAAAUUCUUCAAACCUCUCCCUACUAGCCUCCAAAACAGCAACAAAAAUAUGCGAGGAAUGUAGCCUCAGUCUUACUGGAUUUCUUCCUAAUUUGGAAGUCAUCGUUAUUGAAAUGCUAAGGAACUCCUCAAUUGACAGUUUAAUUAGGCUGCGCAUGUUCAACGCCUAUAGUGUUAUUGCCAAGAACAUAGGUGAUGUCAACGAGCAUGCUGAAAUCAUCAAAGGAAUGAUUUUGACAAUCAACGAGGCUUCCCAAGCGAUGAUGAGCGCUGUAGGCUCCACUUUUUCGGAAAGUGACGAAGAAUAUCUAGUAUCUUUGGUAUCAUGUUUGGUUAAUAUUGGAAAAGGAAGCUCCCUCACAGAUGAGGAGAUCGAGCAAUUGCUGACGGAACAAGAGGUAAACUACAGACAGUUUUGGAAGGCAGAUCCUUUGGGCAUCAAACCUGCUGUUUUGGAAAUCGUUACGAAGUACUCACUUGAAAACCAGACACUUUCACAGAACACUAUGGUAAUUGAGAAAUGCUUACAAGUGUUCAAGAUGGGGUUGGGGGAAUCACUUGGCGGACCUUUCGAAUUUGAUCAAGAUACCAUUGCUCAAUACCUCGUUUCGGUGAUGGAAAACAACAGAAAUCCAAAUGCUGUUCCUUACAUUUUUGGGCUCUUCGAAAGUAUGAUCGUCACGAAUUUCAGGAAUUUGAGUGACGAGUUGGUUGGAGGAUUGAUAGACAGGCUUUUCAUCCAGAGACUCGAAUUUUUAAAGACUGAUCCAGAUAUGAUUAAAAGUGGAAUCGAUAUCUUCUCCAAGAUUAUUGAAUACAAACCAUCAUUAAUCAUUCAUUUGCCAAUUUUUGUCAACACAAUUAUUCCAUUUGCACUUGAAGGAUUCGAUGCCAAUGAGUCGUUUAUCAUUAAAUCAGUCCUGAAAUUCUGGAUCACUACUAUCAAUUUGAAAAGAGGCACAAAGGACGAUCAUGAGAUUUUGACAAGAUUGUUUAUUGACCUUGGACUUGGAAAGAUGGUCACGUUCAAACUUAUCCCUUCAUUUCUCAGGUGCACAAGGUCACAUCUUGAGUAUUACUACAAUGUUUUUCGCAGUCUUGUUGGUAAAUUCCCAAUCCCAUUCAAACAGUGGUUAACGGAAUCACUUGAAGAACUCAAGAAGACUGCACUUGCUAGAACUGACCCCAAAGAAACCAAUAUGUUUAUUCACAAGCUUAUGAUUACAAGGGGACGGCGAACUGCUAAUGAUGUACUAAAACUGUUCUGGCUCACUGCCAAUGGAUUGGUCGAGUACAACAGCCAAAAUUUCUAG